AUGAGUAUGAAUGUUACAAAUCCAAAUAUUGCCAAAACCUCAAUGAGGGGUUUGACAAAUUUUAUUUCAGAUUUAAGAAAUUCACCAUCAAAAGAAAAUGAAGAAAAAAGAGUUACUAAAGAAAUGGCACAUAUUAGAAAAGAAUUUAAAGAAAAUAAAAAUAUUGAUGGUUAUCAAAGAAGAAAAUAUGUUUGUAAAUUAGUUUACAUGUAUAUGCUUGGAUAUGAAUUGGAUUUUGGACAUAUGGAGGCUGUGACUUUAUUAUCUUCUACAAAAUUUUCAGAAAAACAAAUUGGAUAUAUAGCAUUAGGUAUUUUAUUAAAUGAACAACAUGAAAUGUUACCAUUAAUUAUCAAUUCAUUUAAAGAGGAUUUAUUGGCACGUAGUGAUUAUUUCCAAUCAUUAGCAUUGGCUGCCAUUUGUAAUAUAGGAGGUAAAGAAGUUGCAGAGUUUUUAUCACCAUUAAUUCAAAAAUUAUUAAUUGCAAAUACAUCAUCACCAAUGGUUAAAAAAAGAUGUGCAUUAGCAAUUUUAAGAAUGAAUCGUAAACAUAUUGGUUUGGUUACACCAGAUUCAUGGGUUGAACGUUUAGUAUCAGUUUUGGAUGAACCAGACUUUGGUGUAUUAACGUCAUUAAUGAGUUUAUUAAUUGAAUUAGCUUCUGAAAAUCCUAUUGGUUGGGAACCUGCAAUUCCAAAAGUUAUUCAUUUAUUAAAAAAGAUUAUAAUUAAUAAAGAAUUUCCAAAAGAAUAUGUUUAUUAUCAUGUUACAUGCCCAUGGUUACAAGUUAAAUUAUUAAAAUUCCUCAGAUAUUUCCCAGCUCCAGAUGAUUCACAAGGUGGUAAAGUUUUAGGUGAAAUUUUAACAGCAGUAUUUGCUCAAUCUGAAUCAGCAAAAGCAGGAACUGUAAAUCAUAAAAAUUCUUUAAAUGCUGUUUUAUUUGAAGCUAUAAAUUUGAUUAUUCAUCUUGAUAAUGAUCCAGUUUUAUUAAAACAAACAUCAUUAUUAUUGGGUCGUUUUAUUACAGUAAAAGAAACCAAUAUUAGAUAUUUAGGUUUAGAAGCAAUGUCACAUUUUGCUUCUUUAUCAAAUGAAACUUCAAUUAUGAUUAAAAAAUAUCAAGAUACUGUUUUAUUAUCAUUAAAAGAUUCAGAUAUCAGUAUUAGAAGAAGAGCAUUAGAUUUAUUAUAUGGAAUGUGUGAUAAGAAUACAUGUAAACAUAUUGUAGCAGAGUUAUUAUCAUAUUUACAAACAGCAGAUUAUGCAAUUAGAGAGGAAUUAGUGAUAAAGAUUGCAAAUUUAGCAGAAAAGUUUGCAAGUAACUAUAGUUGGUAUGUUGAUGUUAUUUUACAAUUGAUUACAACUGCAGGUGAUUUUGUUUCUGAUGAUAUUUGGUUCCGUGUUGUAAAGAUUGUUACCAAUCAUGAAGAUAUUCAAGCAUACGCAGCAAGUACAGUAUUCAAUGCACUUCAAUCAAGAAAUUGUCACGAGACAUUAAUUAAAGUUGGUGGUUAUAUUUUGGGUGAGUUUGGUCAUUUGAUUGCUGAUAAUCCACAAUCAUCACCACUUGUUCAAUUCAAUAUAUUACAUAGUAAAUUCAAUACAUGUGGUGCUCCUACCAAAGCACUUUUACUCUCAACCUACGCUAAAUUUGUAAAUCUUUUCCCAGAGUUAACUCAACAAACUCAAGAGGUCUUUAAACAACAUCAAUCCUAUAUCGAUGCUGAAAUUCAACAAAGAGCAUGUGAAUAUUUAAAUCUUACUUCACUUAAUGAAGAUUUAAUGCAAACUGUACUCGAUGUAAUUCCUGCUUUUAUAGAUGCAAAAGAUAAUUCAAAUACUACUUCAAAUACUGCAAAUAAUAGUAAUAUGAUUAAUAGUCAAGAUUCUAAAAUUAGUUCUGGUGGUUUUAAUCAAUCACCACAACCAUCACAACAACAACAACAACAACAACCACCACAACAACAACAAGCUCAAUUACAACAAAAUGUUUCUUCAAAUGGUUUGGAUUUAUUAGAUCCAUUUGGUUUAGGUUUAGGUAACCAACAACAACAACAACAACAGCCAGUUCAACAAGCACAACCAGUUUAUCAACAACAACAACAAGCUGAAUCAUUUUCACCAGUUCAAAGUGAUACAGUUUCAUCAUUUGGUCAGCAACAACAACAACAACAAGGUGGAUUUAGUUCUCCAACAAUUCAAGCAUCAAGCUCACCAAUUUCAAGUGGUGGCUCUGAUCCAAUGCAAAUUAAGAUUUUAGCAUCAUACAAGAGAUUAUGUUUAGUUAGUGAGGGUGUACUCUAUGAGGAUAGUAUGUUACAAGUUGGUUUGAAAUCAGAAUAUCAAUCAGGUCAAGGUAGAUUAAUGUUAUACUAUGGAAAUAGUUCAGCAUUCCCAUUGACCAAUUUCAAUGUUACCCUUAAUUCAAUCGCUGGUUUAACAUUACAACCACAAUCGAUUGCACCAGUUAUUCAACCAAAGGCACAAUUACAACAACCAGUCACUUUUUCAUGUACAUCAGAGUUUACUGAAUCACCAGUUAUCACCAUUAAUUUCCUUACACCAGGUAAACCAAUCACUAUCACCCUUCGUCUUCCAAUUGUUAUCAGUAAAUUCUUUGAACCAUUACGUUUAUCAAGUGGUGACUUUUUCGCUCGUUGGAAGACAAUCUCUGGUAAACCAUUGGAAAUUCAAGAAAUCUUUAAAUCAACUAAACCAAUCGAUAUUCAAUCAUACAAUAGAGUCAUUCAAGAAGGUUUAAAUAUUACCGUACUCAAACAGGUAGAUCCAAAUCCAAAUAAUAUUGUAGCAUCUUGUCUCUUCCCAUUCGGUUCAAAUGGUCAACCAAUAAACUCUUAUAUUAGAAUUGAAACCAACCCACAAGCAAAUAUGUGUCGUCUUACUAUUAGAUCCCAAUCUGCCACUCUUACAAAUACAAUUAAAAAUUUAUUAAUCUCUCAUUUACAAUAA